AUACAAUAACUUUUUUUUCCCAACUUUUACCUAAAAACUGAGGUGAAAGUGAGCCGAAGCACCAGCUUCUCCAGGUACCGAUCUCUGGUUACAAUCACCAUUUUGUAGCCAAGCCAGCAAUAGUCGCCGACUCUGUGGAAAAAGAAAAAAUCUGGAAGGAACAAACAGAUAGAAAGACGCACCACAACAACGAGAAAACAGAAUGUGAACACAUGACAUAUCGAAUGAAAUAAGGUUGACUUGACGCGCUUGUGAAGCUGCUAAACGCUAAUUCUUUCACAAUCCUCAUCUUCAACUCAAUUCUCCUAUUUGCACCCCUCAAACCUGCUUUCAAGCAUCAUACUCACACAACCACCAUGGCCCUUCCUCAAUCAUUUGGGUGUGGACUUGUGCAAGCAUCCUUUGUGACAAGCUCUGGUCUACUUAAUAAAGUUUGGAGUGUUAUCUCUUCUCGUGAUAAAGGCAUAGUUUCGUACUCAGGAAAUAAUGGACUGUUCUGGAAAGUUUCUGAGGAUUCGGGUUUGACGGUUGUGGCGUUUGAGGUCAACCCGGGUUUUGAUCUUCUAUCUGAUUUUGUUUCUUCUUCUUAUCUCAAGAAGAAUAAUUUCAACCACUUUGAGUUUCUCUGUACCAAGAAAAAUCCAGAUUUCUCUGUUAACAAGUCUGCAGUUGAUCUUUUCUCUGAAAAUCUUCAGAGGCUUGAUGAGUUGAAGUCCAAGACACGAGGGUUUUUUGGUAGAGACGUGGAGGUAGUUUUGCUCGAACCUGAUUGGACCAUUUUGGGAUAUGGUGUUGGAGGACCAAUUGCUUCUCUCUUCACAUUAUCGCUACUAGGUAACAAAAAGAAAAAAGAUGACAAAAAGAAGUCCUCUGAGAAAAAGAAACCCCCUCUCUGCAUCACCUUUGGUUCUCCCCUUGUUGGUAACAAUAAGUUUCAAGAAGCCAUAUCACGUAGUUCUACAUGGAGUUCUUGCUUUCUACAUGUGGUCUCUAUCAAAGACCCAGUUCCCAAAAGAUUGAAUCCUCAAACCAGUGCUUACAUGCCUUUUGGGACAUUUCUCUUCUGUUCUGAUAUAAACUCUACUUGUUUUGAGAACCCCGAGUCAGUUUUGGAAAUUCUCGUGAGCUCAAUCAAUGAUCAAAAUCAAGGAUUUCAGCCCAAAGAUUAUAGCAACAUUGUGGUAAAUCUCCAUCGUAAAGCAAUUUUCAAGGAUGUUACCCCACGGGGGCAGGACUCGACUCAUUCGACUAAUUCACUUUGUGCAAGUAUCUGUUUGCAGUUGUGGGAAGCAGGAUUGACACCAGAUAUGCAGCAACAACACCUGAACAUUGAUAUAAAUGCUUUGGUAACAAAGUUGGAAGAAUUGGAAAAUAAAUUCAUCUACCAGAAGAGGGUAAAAUUUUAUCCAUCCAAGAAAUUGAAUGUGAUGAAGAUAGAAAUGUCCAAACUUGGGUGGUACAAGAGGUAUUGCAAAAAUCAUAAUAUUGGCUACUAUGACAGCUUCAAGAGGGGUAUCACAACAAGCGACCUAGAUGCUAUUCAGUGUCAGCAAAGCCUCAGAAAUUACUGGAUUGACAUGGUUGAAGAGGCAGAGAUGAAACCUCAGACAGAAGGUGCUGCUUUUUGUACUCGCUGGCUUUUUGGCGGAACUAAUUAUAAAAGAAUGGUUGAACCCCUAGAUAUUGCUGAUUACUAUCGUAGUGGUGGGAAAGACUACGUGGCUAAGGGAAGAUCUAGACAUUAUAUAGUGUUGGAGGAGUGGCUGGAAGAAGAGAAGAAAGAUACAAGCGAUUCAAACAGUACAAACAAAAAGAAUGUGGAAUCUAUUUUAACUUUUGACUCUUGCUUUUGGGCACAUGUUGAAGAAGCUAUCCUUUCAUGCAAAGUGUUGGAGGAUGUACAAUCUAGUGUGACAGAGAAGGAAGAGGAAACUGGGAAGUUGCUUGAAUUCGAGAAGUAUGUUUAUGGGUUGCUCACGAAAUAUGAAGUGUCAUCAGAGAUUUUCCUGGAGCAUAGCAGCUACAUGACUUGGUGGAAUCAGUAUAAGGCAAUUAAGAAUAAGGAAACUUCAUAUAAUUCAGCUCUAGCAGACUUCAUGAGCAAUCCUGAUUAUUAUAAUGUGCAGUAUGCUAAGGGAACUUAUAAUUUCCUCCCUGGGGCAUAGUGAAUGCCCGUGUUGUUGAGCAGGGUGCAAUAAAUUAUUAAUUCAUCUUUUUUUAUAUUUUCUUUGUUGAUUUUGGGUUGGUUGGGAUCUUGGUUUUAUCCUCCCUUGUGUUGUGAUGUUGGAAACUCUUGGAAGAAUUGUCUUUCCCUUGCGGACAUUCACUCUCAUUCUUCUUGAAAAUUUAAGAUGAGUAUGGAUAGCUUAGUAUUAAUGUAAUAUGAAAGGUUCGGUGUGAAAAAUCUUAUUUUUGAAUGUGUUAACUUUUCUAGCUAGGUGUGUUGGCUUCUAUUUGAUUGUAUGAAGGAAUAAGAAGCUAGGUGUGUUGGCUAA